AUGCCUGGAAAGUGGGACCCUCUCACUGAUACGCCCAAUCUCGAGGGUAAAGUGGUUGUUGUCACCGGCGGGAAUGCAGGCAUUGGCUUGUCAACCGUCAAGUACCUCGCCCUUCGAGGUGCCAAGGUCUACUUCACAGCAAGAUCAAAGGCCAAAGCCGAGGAGACUCGCACAGUGCUGACGGCCGAAACCCCUGCGAUAAACGCCGCCAACCUCCAUUGGCUUCCCUUGGACUUGGCAGACCUCAAGUCAGUCGCCUCCGCUGUCGAAGAGCUGAAGAGCAAGGAGACCAGGGUGGAUAUCCUUAGACACUUUGUCUUCACCAACGGCGUACUGCCGCUACUCAAGGAAGCCACAAAACAACCUGGGGCCGACGUCCGUAUCAUCACCCUCAGCUCCAACGUCAACUAUGCCAUGCUGCCAUCGAACUACGGAUUUACCUUUGAUUCCGCUUCUUUCUUGACGAAACCUGUACCUUAUUAUCCGUGGCAAUGGCGCUAUAUCGUUAGCCGUAUUUUCGUAGUCGACAUGAUUCGGUACGCUGUCUCUAAGGUCGCCAAUCUCCUUUUCGCUCAGGAGCUGCAGCGACUUCUGGAUGAGCAAGGUCUCCCGAUUCUAUCCAUCUCGGUGCAUCCAGGUGGCGUUGCCAGUCCUGGUAGCAAGGACAUUGGAAACUCCAUCUUCUCGCUCGUUAGAUCGGCGGCCUUCCUCACGGUCGACCAGGGCGCCAUCACAUCGGUCUUUGCGGCCACUGCCGCUGAGGUUCGCGAGAACGCAGAUAAGUACAAGGGUAAGUACCUGGAGCCGUUUGGCAAGAUCGUGACUCCAAAUCCAGUCGCCAAGGACGAGAAGCAGGUGAAGGGUAUGUGGGAGCACACCACAGUCGAGGCGAACAAGUACUUGGCGACGCUCGGCCUCGCACCCCUUCAAGAAUGGUAG